GCAAAGCUCCGAACUCCCUGAGAGUGGAGGCAGGACAGGGGAAAAAAGAAGCUUAGGAACAGUUUUUCUGGCACACCUAAAUAUCACUGACAGGAAAAACACACACUCUCACACACCCACUUCUGGACUUGGACUCAUCUGUGGACUCCACCACCUGUCCUCUGGAGCUCAACCUGUGCCUUCCUCGCUCCCAAUCAUCCCUCUAGUCACCUCCAGCUCCUCCAAUCCCUCAGCCGCCCGCUUGGUGAGGGGGCAAAUGGCCAUGGUGCGGGCCUUUCUUGGGGGCGUUUUGGGCUGUGUCUGGCUUUCCCUGGCGCUGGGGAGCAGCAAUGUGGAUUUCGGGGCACCCCCGGCGAGCUUCUACCCCCGUUUUAACCCGUUCUUCUUCCUGUGCACCCAUCACACGGAGAUGGAAGGAGUCGGGGUGGCAGAGGGUGGUGGGGAGGUGUUGCUGACCCUCCAAAUCACAGGAAGCCCCCCUACUUACACCCCUGGACAGGAGUAUCAAGUUACCAUUUCUACUAGUGUUCCCUUUGAUGGUCUGCUGGUGACUGGCCUCUACACGUCCACACCAGUCCAGUCUGCUCCCAUUCCUGCCCCAGCUGCGUUUGGAUUUGGUGUUAUACCAGACCGACAGUUCACUGGAACCCAGUUUGUCUGCAGUGUUGUGGCUUCUCAUGUCAGCCAUCAGCCCUCCACCAGCUUCAGUUUUGUUUGGAUCGCCCCGCCACCUGGCACUGGCUGCGUCAAUUUCCUAGCCACAGCAACACAUCGAGGACAGAUCAUUUUUAAGGAUGCACUGGCCCAGCAGCUCUGUGAGCAAGGAGCUCCAACUGAGUCCCCUCUGCGACCCAAUCUCAUGGAGCUCCAUGCGAAACAUGCUGUGCUACGAGACGACUUUGACUCCAACAUGCAAGAUGAGUUGGACCCUAACAUAUGGUCAGACUGCAGUAACUGUGAGGUCGGAGAUCAGUGUGGUGUGCUGAUGCAUGGCAGAGCGGUGACUUUCUGUGAGCACUUUGGAGAGCGAGAGCUGACCACUGUACCUCUGAACACCAGCACUGCCUCAGCUCUGCAGUUUGCCCUGGGCUCGGGUUCCUGCCGGUUCAGUUACUCUGAUCCCAGCAUCACGGUGUCAUACAGCCUGAGUGGCAAUGCAAACACCUCUGAUGACUGGAUCACGCUGGAAAAGAUCAGAGCUCCUACCAAUAGCAGCACCGUCAUCCAUCUGGUUCCGCUCCCGCAUUCCUCCAGAGGCGAAGGCAUCCGUCUCCGCUGGUCUCAGGAGACCCCCCACGGGCCUGAAGGAUAUGAGUCCUGUUGGGGGCUAGACAAUGUGCUGCUGGUAAAUUCUGCCCACAGAGUGCCCCUGAUCGAGGACAACCUGGAUCCCCUGGACACAGCCAACUGGCUCUUCUUCCCUGGAGCCACCAUCAAGCACGCCUGUCAGUCAGAUGGCAAUGCGUUGUAUUUCCAUGGCGGUGAAGGAGUCGCACAUAGUUUUGCUUCGACCAGAGACAUCGAUUUGCACCGAGAAGAGGGGAGAAGCUACUGGGAGGAAGACUUUGAGUCCCCACCUUUAAACUGGGAUAUAGAAGGAGCAACAUACGGGACAAAGUGUGGAGAGAUUGAGUCAGGUGAGGCGCUGGUGUUUGAGAAGGAGGGUCGAAGAAGAGUGUGUACCCCCUACCUGGACACCACAUCUUAUGGAAACCUCCGCUUCCACUUUACCAUGGGUGGUGGUGACUGUGAUCCAGGGGAGUCACAUGACAAUGACGUGAUUUUGUUUGGAAGGUCUGAGGGCAGGAGGGAACGUUUGAUUCUCGAUACGCUUCCGUAUUCAUCUUACAGGACUCCUUCGGUAGUAUCGGUCGCGCUGCCAUCUGAGCUUCAAACACCGGUCACACAGUUCUGCUUGGAGCAGCGUUCCCACGGAGGCGCUAACCGUCAUGUGUGGGCCGUGGAUUUUAUGCAGCUGCUUCCUGUGUUGCCAGGCACACACACACAUGUUGCCCAGUUCUCCAUAAACCUUGGCUGCGGCUCCUACCAGCCUGCAAACAGUGUGAGUCUAGAGUUUUCUACCAAUCUUGGUCGUUCCUGGUCUCUGCUCCACACUGAGUGCCUGCCUGAGCUCUGUGCUGGGCCACAUCUACCUCACAGCACCAUCUACUCCUCAGACAACUACAGCGGAUGGACCAGAAUCUCCAUCCCUCUGCCCAAUGCUGCCUUAACAGAGACGACCCGCUUUCGCUGGAAGCAGUCCGGCGCUGGAACAGGCAACAUGUGGGCCAUAGACAACGUUUAUAUUGGGCCAGCUUGUCUUCGUUUCUGCUCUGGAAGAGGACAUUGCUCCCGCACAGGCUGCAAAUGUGACCCGGGCUUCAGCGGUCCAGCUUGUGAGCUUGCAUCCCAGACCUUCCCUGCUUUCCUUUCCGAAGGUUUCUCCAGCCCCCGUCUCUCCUCCUACCACAGCUUCUCCUCCCUGCGCGGGGCUGAAGUCAGCUUUGGCUGCGGAGUGCUCGCCAGCGGAAAGGCUCUGGUCUUUAACAGGGAUGGCAGGAGACACUUGGUCACUGCACCGCUUGACAGUUCCCAAGCCAGAUACCUCCAGUUCACUCUGCGCCUUGGUAGCCGCAGCAUCCUGAGCUCCUGCCCUGCUCCUGACCAGCCGGGCGAAGGUGUUUUGUUGCAUUACUCUUCAGACAAUGGCAUCACCUGGACGCUGCUGCGGCACUAUGCAUACCAAGGCUUCCACGAGCCAAGGAUUGUGUCAGUCGAGCUUCCAUCUGGUGCUCGUAAGUUUGGGGUGCAGUUCCGCUGGUGGCAGCCAUACCAUUCGGGACGUGGCCACGAUGUUUGGGCUUUGGAUGAAAUCAGCAUGACCUCUGUUCUCUUCAACACCAUCAGUCUUGACUUCAGCAACGUGCUUGAUGUCACUCAGAGUCUGGGCUUUUAUCUUGGCAAUGUGCAGCCAUACUGCCAGCAUGACUGGACUCUCAGUUUCUCCGGUGAGCCUAGUCCUGGCUUUAGCAUCCGUUAUGUGGAAACGCAGUCAAUGCAAAUCGGCGCCUCCUACAGUCUGCAGUUCUCCUUGGUGAUGGGUUGUGGCCGUGAGCCGUCACCUCACAUCGACACCCAGGUCCGUCUGGAGUUCUCCACCAAUCACGGCCUCACCUGGCACCUGGUCAAGGAGGCCUGUCUACCUGGCAUGCCGAGCUGUUCGGAGUUUACAGCUCCCAGUGUCUACCAUCCCUCAGAGUUCAAAGACUGGAGACGUGUUACGCUUUCUUUGCCUCAGAAGACGUGGUCCAGUGCCACCCGAUUCAGAUGGAUCCAGAAUUACUAUGGAGAGCAAGACGAGUGGGCCCUGGAUGACAUCUACAUCGGCCAGCAGUGUCCCAACAUGUGCCAUGGACAUGGGUGGUGCGACCACGGACAUUGCAGGUGUGAUGACGGGUUCUCCGGACAGGACUGCCAGCCAUCGUCCCCACUCUCCUCGAGUGUCCUCUCAGACUUUGAGUCCCAGGACGCACUACUAGCCACAUGGCAGGAGGUGAUUGGUGGAGAGGUGGUGGCACCUGACAUGGGCUGUGGGGUUGUCUCAUCUGGAUCAUCCCUCUACUUCAGCAAGGCUGGGCUGAGGCAGCUGGUGAGCUGGGAUUUGGACACAGAAUGGGCAGAGUUUGUUCAGUUCUACCUACGGGUUGGAGGAGACUGGGCAGAGUGCAACCAGGCAGACAGCAGGGAGGAAGGAGUCCUGCUGCAGUACAGCAACGAUGGAGGAAUCACCUGGGGCCUCAUCGCUGAGAUGUACUUCACAGACUUCACCAAACCUCGAUUUGUGCAUUAUGAACUUCCCCUUGCUUCUAAAACACCCUCCACCCGUUUUCGCUGGUGGCAGCCUCUUCAUUCUGGGGAAGGGUACGACCAAUGGGCAAUCGAUGACGUCAUCAUUUUAUCUGAAAGAGAGAAACACAUUAUCCCAAUGGCCAAUCCAACUCUGCCGCAGGUCAGUAAAACCAGGUUCCGUUGGUUCCAGGAAAGCAGCGUUUACCGAGAUGCACCCCCAUUUGCUUUGGAUGGAGUCUACAUUUCGGAGCCCUGCCCCAACCACUGCGGGGGACAUGGAGACUGCAUCUCUGGCGUCUGCUUCUGCGAUAUGGGUUACACAGUGGAGCAAGAUAGUUGUGUCCCGUCUGUAGUCAGUCCCACAGAGCUGACGGAGGGCUUUGAGGGGAAGCUGAGUCCUCUCUGGCAGAGCAUAAGCGGGGGGCAAAUCGGGGGCGGCUGUGGCAUCAUUAGCGAGGGAAAAGCUCUCUACUUCAGCAGUGCUGGAAGGAGGGAGGCACGAACAGACCCUCUAGACACCACCAACACACGGUUGGCUCAGUUCUACAUCCGAAUCGGCAGCAAAAGUUUAGGACCCACCUGCACCAGGCCACGCUCCCGCAAUGAAGAAAAACCAAGAUAUGCAGAAAGUUGGGACUUUGAAGUGACCGGCUCCUCCUUCCUCCAGUUUGAGCUGAGUAUGGGCUGCAGUAAGUCCACGUCCUUCUCCCACGGGGUCCGAUUGGAGUUUUCAACAGACUGCGGUCGCCACUGGACUCUUAUUACCCCUGAGUGCGUGCCUCCAGCCAUCGGCUGCGCUGGUUACACUCAGAGCUCUGUCUACACGUCAACCCAACACAAACACUGGAGGAGAAUCACCGUCUACCUGCCCAGUGCUGCUAAUUCCCCCAGAACUCGGUUCCGUUGGAUCCAGACCCACUUCACCCCAGGAGCAGAGGGAUGGGCGCUAGAUAAUGUGUUACUUGCCCCCGGUUGCCCAUGGAUGUGCUCUGGACAUGGGCUGUGUGACAAUGGACGCUGUGUAUGUGAUAAAGGGUACGGAGGAGCGCACUGUGUACCUUUGGCCCCGCUGCCGUCGGUGCUAAGGGAAGACUUUAAUGAGAAUCUGCAACAGGAGACCUGGCCUGAAGUUUAUGGAGCAGAGAGAGGGACCCUCAGUGGGGAGCCACUUAAAUCUGGCACUGCUCUUAUUUUCAAAGGAGAUGGACUUCGUAUGAUUGUUUCAAGGGACCUAGACUGCUCUAACACUCUCUACAUCCAGUUCUCUUUCAAGUUUAUAACCAAAGGAGUCCCGGAGCGCUCCCACUCGGUGCUGUUGCAGUACUCUGUAAAUGGAGGAAUCAGCUGGCUCCUGCUGGAUGAGUUUUACUUCCCAGCUUCCACAGACACUCUGUUCCUCCACUUGCCUCUGCCACCCAGUGCUCAGACCAAUGCCACCCGUUUCAGACUGUGGCAGCCUUACAACAGCGGUAAAAAGGAAGAGGUGUGGGUGAUAGAUGAUCUCAUCAUUGACGGGAGCUCCAUACACAAACCACCGAUGGUAAUCGACACUUUUGAGGAAGGCCCCAAUGAGGAGAACUGGCUUUUCUACCCUGGUGGAAACACUGGCCUCUACUGCCCCUACCAGAAGUCCGGCCUGGAAGAGGAUGAGUCAGCCAUGGUGUUCAUCUCCAGUGAGCUUGGAGAACACUCUAUCACCACCAGGGACAUUGACGUCAAUGAGAACACCAUCAUCCAGUUUGAGAUCAACGUAGGCUGUACAACUGAGAGCUCCUCGGUGCACCCAGUACGCUUGGAGUUUUCCAGGGACUUUGGAGCUACUUGGCACCUUUUGGUGCCGCUGUGCGCUGGCGGUCCUCAGCCCUCCUCCCUUUGCUCUACAGAACUUCAUCCUGCCAGCGUAUAUUUCCCCGGGACUACACAUGGCUGGAGGAGAGAGUUAAUCCAUGUUGGCAAGUUUCGCCUGUGUGGGUCAAUAAGGUUCCGCUGGUUUCAAGGUUUCUUCUCAGCUGGUUCUGCUCCUCCAACAUGGGCACUAGAUAACGUGUACAUAGGCCCACAGUGUCAGGACAUGUGUAAUGGUCAUGGGGCAUGUGUGAGCGGCACUCAUUGCGUCUGUGACCCUGGUUUCUCUGGACCGGACUGCUCUCUGCCCGAUACCCCCAAUCCAGACUUCCUUAAGGAGGACUUUGAAGGAGGAGCGGUGGAUGCUGAGCAUUUCACACUUCUGAGUGGAGGUAAACCAUCCAGGAAAUGUGGCAUCAUGUCCAGUGGAAACCACCUGUUCUUUAGCGAGGACGGUCUACGCAUGUUGGUUACAAAUGACAUGGACCUCUCAAAUGCAAGGUUUGUUCAGUUCUUCCUCCGUCUCGGAUGUGGCAAAGCGGCACCGGACCCUCGUUCUCAGCCUGUGCUGCUGCAGUUCUCUGUGGAUGGAGGUCUAACCUGGGGGCUCCUGCAGGAGUUUCUCUUCAGUAAUACCAGUAAUCAGGCUCGACUGGUGGCCUUGGAGAUCCCGCUGCGUGCCAGAACCACAGCUACCCGUCUGCGCUGGUGGCAGCCGUCUGAAAAUGGGCAUUUUUACAGCCCAUGGGUCAUAGAUCAGGUGGUAGUGGGUGGUAGUGCUAGUGGCUGGGGACCACUCGAAGAUGAUUUCUCCUCUAUCGACGGGCGCUCAUGGCUUCUCCACCCUGGCGGAACCCGAAUGCCAGUCUGUGGCUCUGACGGGCCUGCGUUCGCAUUCAUUGAGAAGUCUAACACACGAUAUGCUGUCACUACUGACAUUAGUUUGGGCCAAGAUGCUUUCAUCCAGUUUGACUUCUCUGCAUCCUGCUCUGUCACCAAUUCUUGCUACUCUGUGGAGUUGGAGUAUUCUCUGGAUUUGGGUCUGAGUUGGCACCCUUUGGUCCGGGACUGCCUGCCUACAAGUCCAGACUGCUCCUCCUACACUUUGCAGCGGAUUCUUGUUUCAGAUGUCUACAACAAGUGGGGCCGCGUCACUUUGUCUAUUCCAUCAUAUGCAAGAUCUCCAGCCACAAGGUUCCGCUGGUUCCAACAGGCUCCCUUUGAUAAGCAGCAGACAUGGGCUCUGGAUAAUCUCUACAUUGGUGACGGUUGUCCUGACAUGUGUUCUGGACACGGACGCUGCCAACAGAGCUCCUGUGUAUGUGACCCAGAGUGGGGAGGAGAGUACUGUGACGAGCCGGUGCUUCCUCUGCCGUCUCAGCUGAAGGACAGCUUCAGUCGAGCUCCCUCACUCAGUCACUGGCACGUCCUCACCGGUGGGAAGCUCAGCUCUGUGUGUGGAGCUGUGGCUUCUGGAGCUGCCCUGCACUUCAGUGGGUCUUGUACCCGUCAGCUGGUGACAGUGGACCUAAACCUGACAAAUGCAGAGUUCAUCCAGUUCUACUUUAUGUAUGGCUGCAUGAUCCCUCCCAGCAAUCGCAACCAGGGUGUCCUCCUAGAGUACAGCUUGAAUGGGGGAAUUAACUGGCAUUUACUGACAGAGAUCUUCUAUGAUCUCUACACCAAACCUGGCUUUGUAAAUGUGCUACUGCCCCCUGCUGCACGUCAGGAAGGAGUGCGGGUGCGCUGGUGGCAGCCACAGCAUGAUGGUGCAGACCGAAGCGACUGGGCCCUGGAUAACGUCCUGAUCGCAGGCUCAGACCCAAGGGCCCAGAUCUCUGACACAUUCGGAGGGGUGGCUCUGCCUAACCACGAAAGAGCUCCCGCCGAUGAAACGUCAGGGAGGUUUGGUCAGCUGAAUGAACAGGGAGAAACACCAAUAGUGAGCGAUCAUUGGCUUUUCUCUGAGGACUGCUCUGUGCAGCGCUUCUGCAACUCUCCUGAUGGGGUGAUGGUGUGUGGAAAUGCUGAUGGUAGAGAAGUUUAUGCAGUCACACAUGAUAUUGUUCCAGACAAAGGCUGGGUCAUGCAGUUCAAGAUUGCUGUGGGCUGCAGUGUUCCAGACCGACCGGCUGAUCGACAGGUUCACGUUCAGUAUUCAGUCGAUUUUGGAGUCACAUGGAAGUACCUGGUCCCUCAGUGCCUGCCCGCUGACCCCCGCUGUGGUGGUCAGGUGUCCCAGCCUUCAGUCUUCUUCCCUGCUGAGAGCUGGAAAAGGGCAGUCUAUCCGCUGCCAGACAGCCUGGCUGAAACUGCAGUGCGAUUUCGGUUUUACCAGCAGCACUCUGACAUUCAGUGGGGGGUAGAGAACCUGUACAUCGGGCCGCCUUGCAACAGCCACUGUGGAGGACAUGGAGACUGUUUGGAUCAGCGCUGCAUUUGUGAUCCAGGAUUCACAGGACCAAACUGUUAUGCCAGUUCUGCACUUAAGGUAGCUUAUAAUCGAAUAUAUGUCACAUUUAGAGAAAGAAUUAAGCUUAGAUAUAGUUUACAGUGUGUGUCGUGGACACUGCUACAUGAGAUGGAUUACCUCAAAUAUGUGUCAGUGAGGAGAGAUUAUAUUGUUCUACCAGAGGGGGCUCUAACUAACGCUACACGCCUGCGAUGGUGGCAGCCUUUCACCAUCUCUUCAGGCUUGGCUACCCCAAGCCUAGAAAGAGCUCAGUGGGCAAUAGACAACAUCUUGGUUGGAGGAUCCGACAUCAAUCCAUCCACACUUCUGGACACCUUUGAUGAUGAGGGCGUUUCUCAUGAAGAAAGCUGGAGCUUCUAUCCUAACGCCGUGCGCACCGCUGGCUUCUGUGGAAAUCCCUCAUUUCACCUCUACUGGCCGAACAAAAACCAAGACAGGACACAUAACAUCCUCGCUACCCGAGAGCUUAUAGUGCAGCCCGGAUAUAUUUUACAGUUCAAAAUCGUGGUUGGCUGUGAGGCAGACACAUGUGAUGACCAUCACUCUGUCCUGCUACAGUACAGAAAAGACGCACGGUAAGAUUCAAAGCGAAAAACCCAGCAUGAAACAUUUAAUGGCAUUAGAUCAUGUUUCCUCUGCAGGGAAGCGAGGGUUAAAGGGGUGAUGCUGAGAUGGUGGCAGCCAAGACACGACGGUGCAGGACAUGACCAGUGGGCGUUGGACCAUGUGGAAGUAGUUCUUGUCAGCACGCGUAAACAAAACUACAUGAUGAGCUUUGCCAGACAGACCGGGAUGCGUCACUACUACAGCCGCAAGCGGCGGGCACUGCAGCAGCAAGCCUGAAUUACCCCCACCCCCUCAAGAAGGGAUCUCUGAGCAGCCAAUCACACAUCACCCUGCCUUGCACAUCCCUAUCCUCCUGACCGCAUAUCACCCUGUUGUGACCCGUCCAUCGGUGGAUUCUCUCUUUCCAUUCGCCGCCACAUUCUUCACCGAGCCGUGGCUUUCUCCACCAAACAGAUCGGCAAGAAUCAUACUUCUACUAGCAAAGGACUAAAGCAGACAUUUGGUUUACUUUCAUGUUCCAGAAAAGACCAUCCAUUUUUCUAUUUUUUUUUGUUAUUGUUGCUGUCUUUCCUUGAGAUCCUAAUACCACAUGCGGUACCCCUCCCUCAGGCCACCUCCAUCACCUUUUUCCCUCUUUUCCUACCACACUGUGAAAUUAUAAGAUGAUAUAUCACUGCUGAACUUACCAGCUGGUUGGAAGGUAGCCUCCCAGUUCCACUGAGCCACCGAGGGAGAGGGAGGGCCCCUCCAAAGCUGCCAAACAGUAUGCCAGGAGGACACACAGCGACCAUAAGGAGGAAUUACAAAGAAGAAACUUCAAAAAGGCAAACGAAAAAAAGAGCAAAAAGAUGAAAAACAAAAAAAAAAAAUACAGUGUUCUUGGUGUUCUGUGUGUUUGUGGAUUAAUUUUGUGAUAAGUUGAUAAGUGGUGUUCCGUUUGUUUGUUCGUUUUCUACUAAUUCAUAUGAUAUUAUG